AGAGCCUCAAGCAAACACCUGAGACUGUGCUGAAGUGUCCCCCUACUGCUGGUACUCUGGGUUGUUACAGCUUCUCUGGAGCUCCCUCAACUCCCCUCCCACUCUGAAGGAUUCUGGGGUCUGAUUCAAGCCGGGGUGAGGGUGCUGGAGGGGUGCCCACAGGUUGUGUUAUGCCCUUCUCUGAGCUUUGAACAUUUGGUCAGAAUUUGUAGAUCCAGCCAAAAGAAAUAUCUUGGAGGAUGAAGCUCUGCUGGAACAUGCAGGGAGUUGUGACAAGUCCCUAGGGUGGUCUGGGAGGUGGCUCUGAGCCUGCCUGUGGUACAGAAGCUGCUCCAACAAUCAGAAUCCACUGGUGAGUGCCCUGGCUGCACCACAGACCUGCUCCCUGCUUCCCCUCACCUGUGCAGGGCAAAGUGAAGCUGUUCAUGAGGGGAGGCUGCAGAGCUGCUGCCACCUGAGGCCAUCCUGCAGUGUCAGCAGCCUGGGAGUGUGUGCAAGGGGUAGCAGAGCAGCGGGGUACAGAGAUAAGGGUUGGGUGGGGAUUUUGGGUGGUGCUCCUCCUGAAACUGAACUACAGGACUACAAGGUGAAGGUGUGCAUUGCACACACACUGUUCUUCACACAGAAGACUCCACCUGCCCCCUGAGCAGGGACCGAUGGCCCAGGUGACGUCUUUGUUGUGUUUCAGGGUGCCGAUGUGCACGGGUGUUGGAAGGAAGUUCGUAGGAAAAGGUGUGGUGGGUGUGCACGGGGGCAUGUGCAAACAGCAGGAGCUGGAGUUCAAAACGGAACGUUGCAAGGGUGGAAUGUGGCCCUGGCUGGUGCUGGUGUGUGUCACAGCCGUGUCACACACGCUGCAGAGGGGGUGACGCGUGGAUGCAGCAGCGGUGGGUGCCUCUGCUGGUUCUCACUGUACCGAGCUCUCUGUGCCAGCGGGAGCUGCCGUGCUCUGCUCGGGGACCCAGCCCUGGCAGAGGUGAGGAUGCCUGGGAGUUCCCUGAAAGGGCAGUAAAGGAAAGAAAUCCAAGUGCACAUCGAUGUGUACCUGUGUAAGCACAUUCACGGGGGUACACAUCGCUCUGAUCCUUGUCAGCCUCCCCCGUGUGUCCCUGCGCUGCCACUGCAGCGUUCCAUCCUCUCCGGAGCCUCCCGCUCUGCUUCACAGCCCUCCCUCUCCCCGAGGGGAGCAGCUCCAACCCUCCCAGUCCCCUCGUCUCCCCAGCGUGUGGCACACUCAGCGUGGCCAGCGGGCACCCACGGGGUGUCUCUUUAAGAGCACGUCUGGCUGGGAGUCCUGACCCGCCUCUGGGCACAGCGUCACCAUCUCCUCCUCCCCUGCACAGCUGAGUUUCUAUUUCCCCGGCUCCUCGCCCCGCUCCCCGGCGCAGGCAGGAUGGCAUCCCCCGUCUCGCAGAAGCUGGAGGAGAAGCUGGUGUGCUCCAUCUGCCUGGACCUGUUCAGGGUGCCCGUGACUUUGCCCUGCGGCCACAACUUCUGCAAGCGCUGCAUCAGCGACCACUGGCACAAGCGAGAGCGGGCGCCCGCCGGGGCCGAGGCGGGCUAUAAGUGCCCCGAGUGCCGCAGGGACUUCGAGCAGUGCCCGGAGCUGGAGAAGAACGUCACCCUGUACAGCGUGGUGGAGCUGGCGAGGGACGGGGACGCGCGGGGCGCGGGCGCGGGGAGGUGCGAGGUGGCCCCGGGCGAGCUGUGCCCGCAGCACGGGCGCCCGCUGGAGCUGUACUGCGAGGACGAGCGGCGCUGCAUCUGCUGCGUCUGCAUCGUCCGGCAGUGCCAGCGGCACCGGCGGGUGCUCUUCGAGGAGGAACGGUCCAAAAAGCAGACCCUUUUGAAAGAGUCCCUGGAAAAAGCCCAGGAGGAAUCGGAGGGGAUCGAGCGGGCGAUGCGGGAGCUGGAGGAGCAAACGCGCAGCAUCAAGGACUUCUCUGAGGAGCUCAAGUCUGGGAUCCAGAGCAAAUUCGCCCACCUGAAGAAAGCUCUGGAGGAUUUCCAGUGUCAGUCGGUGGCCAGGAUCGAGGAAGAGCAGGGGGUGGCUCUGGGGCGCUUGGAGGAGAACUGGAGCCUCCUGAAGGACAGGCUGGAUGUCCUUGGCCAGCACAGGGAGAGGGCUCAGAGCCUGCUGGCCUGCCCUGACCACAGGACCUUCCUCCAGGAGUUCUCCCUGCUCCCACCUCUGGAGAGCCCAGAGGCGCCGGUCCCAGUGGAGUUUGAUGUGGCUCAUGUGAUCAACCCCAUCUCUGAGAUCCUCACCGACAUCUCCAGGCUCCUGCUGGAGGACCUGCCCGGCUCUGUGGCCCCCAAAGCCCCCAGUCCUGCUGGCCAAGGCCCAGUGCAUCCCCAGGAGCCAGCAGUGAAGGUCGUGACCCCUCUCCCCAAGUGCCAGCUCCGAGCUGAGCUUCUGAAGGACCACCGCAACCUGACCUUCGAUCCCGAGACGGCCAACAAGUACCUGGAGCUGUCGAGAGGUGCCCGGAGAGCCAAGCACGGCCCCAGUGCUGUGUGCAGGGGGCAGGGGCCCCGCUUCGAGCCCUGGCAGGUGCUGUGCACGCAGGGCUACGGCCCCGGACACCACUACUGGGAGGUGAAGAUCUCCAGCCACUCCGUCAUCCUGGGCGUGACCUACCGGGGCCUCCCCCGGGAGCAGCAGCAGGGCCACAAGUUCAACAUCGGGCUGGACGGGGGCUCGUGGGGGCUGCAGGUGCGGGAGGAUUGUUACCUGGCCUGGCACAAGGGCCAGGCCGAGAAAAUCCGGGAGCAGCUGUACAAGAACCUGGGGGUCAGCCUGGAUUACGGCAAGGGGCUCCUCUCCUUCUACGGCCUCGGGGAGAGGAUGCAGCUCAUCCACUCCUUCCACGAUGUCUUCACGGAGCCCCUGUACCCCGUGUUCUGGCUGUGUGAGGGGCGAGUGGUGACGCUGUGCCAGAGGGACUGAGCUGGAGCCGCCACGCUGAUCCAUCAGCCGGGCUGGUGCCGUAGCCAACCUGCAGCCAGGACCUGUCACAGUGCAGGAGGGACCUCGAUGCCGAGGCAGGCAUGUGGUGCAGUAUUUUAAAGAAGAGAUGAUGAGGGCAGACAUGAAAAUUGACUGGUUUAAUUUGCAUAUGCAAAUAUCAGUCUGCUGAUGGAGGGAAGGGGGAGGAGGCAGGGCUGGAGCUCACCCUGGGCACUCUGUGUGGGGGCACAUGUGGGUGCCAUCCCUGCAGAUGGAGUGAGGGAGGGGGAAACAAGGAGCGAAAGAAUUAAAGUUUUCCUCUUUCUCCUAUCCCUUCCAAACCUCCCAAGCCUGGAGAAGAUUUGGGGUGAGGGAGAGCAUACAAGGGGUGCUGCUGCCACAGGGUGCUGUGGAGCAAUGCAGAGGGAGCCCUGUGCUCCCCCAGCCUCACAUGCAGGCAGGUCCUGCUCCCCCAACCCCUUCCCAGUCCCCUCUUGCCACUCUUGGACUUGACAGAGCAACUUUUCAGGGUUCUAGGCUGCAGCUCUUUGUAGGAUGCUGCUUUUCCCAAUAAAGCUCUAUUUUCCUACUGCUUUGACCUUGGUGCUGGUGGGAGAUACGGGACCAAGCAGCACAGGGGGAAGAGGAAGGGAGCUGGGUGCCUCUGUUCCUGCACCCAUCCCUGCAGGGCCCCAUCCUGCCCCUCCAUGUCCUCAAGGGGUUGGUGACUGGCCCUUUGGAGGGACCAGCUGCCAGCAGAAAGGUCUUUUGUUUACCAGAGCACUGUGAUAAGGAAACCUGGUUUCCUAUGGCUCUGCCCCAAGCCUGAUCUGGCACAGAAGAAAAUCUGAAGUUUUGAUUGAAGCUUUUCCAAGGGCUAGACCACAGGUCUCCUCCUGCUCCUGUGGGAAUGCUGGUGAGGGAUAACGGGGUGAAACUGGGCACUGGGAUCAAAGGUGCUGGGGAAUUCACCUUGCAGGUGAAUGCAAGGGAAAUGAAUA